AUGCCAAACAUCAAUUUACUUUUUCGUAAGGAUUAUUAUUAUAAUCAUGCUAGAAAUUUAUCACUAUCUUGGGAAAGUAGAUUGCAGAUUGCCAAUGAGAUCGCUUCAGCAAUUCUUUAUCUCCAUAGUGAAUUUACUACGCCCAUUAUUUACAUAGACCUGCACUUACAAAAGGUGUUAAUAGAUCAGAGCAGUGGAGUUGCCAAACUAUUUGACUUUUCAUUGUCCAUAUCAUUGCCUCCAGGAGAGUUGGAAGUAGAAGCUCAAGUUGUGCCUGGAACAUGUGGUUAUUUGGAUCCAGAAUAUGCCCGCUUGGGUAUUGUUACUCAAAAAACUGACGUCUUCGGUUUUGGAGUUAUUCUCUUUCAGCUAUUGACUGGAAAAAGAAUGUAUAUUGUUAAUGACGAGAUGAGAGAUCUGUGCAAUGCGUCCAAUAUUGAAGAGUGUAGUAUAAUGGAUAUAGUGGAUCCUGCAAUUUUGGAAGAGAAUGGAAUUGAGAUUCGACAACAAUUGGAGGACUACUUGGAUCUUGCUAAAAGAUGCACACUAUCAAAUGGAGAAGAUAGACCAUACAUGAUUCAUGUUGCAAAGGAAAUACGUCGAAUUGAGAAGUGUUUUCGUGCCCUCACUCAAGGUCUGAAUUAG